UUGUGGCAGAGUGCUGAGGGAUCUGACAAGAAAUCCAUAUCAGUUGGGCCGUGGGGAGGUCACAACGGGCUCAUUUGGGAUGACAGAGUUCGCUCAACUGUGAAGCAGCUGGUGAUAGCUCAUGGAGCUGCCAUUGACUCUAUCCAGAUUGAAUAUGAUGAGAGAGGAAGCUCAGUUUGGUCAGACAAGCAUGGUGGAAAUGGAGGCUGGAAAACUGACAAGGUGAAGCUUGCUUCUCCAGAAGAAUUUUUAACUUCAAUCGAGGGAUAUUACGGUAAGAUAAGCGAAUGGGGACCGAUCACAGUUCGAUCUCUCACUUUCAAGAGCAACAAAAGAACUUAUGGACCGUUUGGGGUCGAACAAGGAACCUAUUUUUCACUCCAGGAGACAGCUUCGAAUAUUAAGAUUGUUGGGUUCCAUGGCAUGUCUGGCCGGUAUCUUGAUUCAAUAGGCGCUUACGUAAAGCCUAUUGAUCAGAAUGAACAAAACCAACACGCGAAAACUCUGCUUCGGACACCGUUCAAUUAUCCGACUAUUGGUACUGAUCAGAACCUUGCUGGCUACUCACUAAUCCAAAACUGUAACGUGCUUUUUGCUAUAACGCCGAAGGAUGACUCCACUACUAAACCAGCUGCAGUACCAGUACCCAAAAAGCUCUCAGGGCAGUUUUCUGAUUCCGAAACAAGUGAUGAUGUAGGAACCAAACAUAAGCUGACGACGAAUAUUGAGAAGUUUCCCACAAAAGUUGAAGGGAUGGUAGCGUAUGGCCCCUUCGGAGGGACGGGUGGUGCAGCAUUUGAUGAUGGAAUUUAUUCGGGGAUUAGACAAAUCAAGUUAUCAAGAAACAUCGGUGUUGUAUACAUAAAGGUUCAGUAUGACCACAAUGGUGAAGCUGUUUGGGGAGGCAGACAUGGCGGGACUGGAGGAUUUAAAAGUGACAAGAUAGUUUUUGAUUACCCGAACGAGAUCUUGACGCAUAUAACAGGAACAUUUGCACCUACAUUAAAGGUCAUGCGGACUAGUGUUAUCAAGUCCCUCACUUUCCACACCACGAAGAAGCAGCAUGGGCCGUAUGGAGAAGAACAAGGAGCCUGUUUCACAACCAAGCUUAAAGAAGGGAAAAUCGUCGGAAUUCAUGGGAGGAAUGGUCUGUUCUUAGAUGCUCUUGGGGUCCAUGCCAUAGAAGGAAAGGUCCAUAUUGUAGAGACAAAGACACCAACUCUCACAAAUACUCCUAAUAUUCCCGACGGUCACACUGACCACAAAAAUAAGACACCAACUGUCACAAAUACUCCUAAUACUUUCACUGCAAUGAUCCCAAAGGAGCAUGCAGGGGCAAUUACUGAGAUAGAUAAUCCUCACUGGACAAAUAAACUACUAAUGACAAACAGAGGAAAAGUCGAAGAGGUUGCUUAUGGGGUGAUAAAAGAACCAGCUCCGUGUGGACCGGGACCUUGGGGCGGAGAUGGAGGUAGAGCAUGGGAUGAUGGAGUGUUUUCCGGGAUUAGUCAGAUUCAUUUGACAAGAGAAGCAGAAGGCAUUUGCUCAGUGCAGAUUGAGUAUGAUCGAAAUGGUCAAUUCAUUUGGUCUGCUAAGCAUGGAGGCAAUGGAGGAACUUCCCCACAUAGAGUACGAAUGCUUUAUCAACAUCUUCAUCAAUUUGAUUGUUUUUUUUUUUUUUUCGCGAUAUCAUAAACAACUGUUAUCUUAGAAUCUACGGGGAAGGAGAUUUGAACUUUGGUGCAAGUGGGCGGACAUACAGCCCUGACUGACUGGCUUUCUACUUAUCGUUUGCUUAUCCCUCUUCAAGAAGUACUGAUCAUAUGUCUCAAGCAAUAAUUGGAGUUCAUAGAGCAGGGAAAAUAAAAUAGUUUUUGACUCGUGGUAACAUUUGCUUAUGUGGUUUAGUCGGUCUUGAUUUUUAUUUUAUUUUAUUGUUAUAUUUAAGUGAGUCGAACUUUGAACUAUUUUAGUCGACUUAUGGUGUUAUUUGGUGGGAUUCUAGACUCAUCUCCCGUCCUCUUAAUUAAAAAUAAGAAUGUGAUCAAUACAUGGUGAUUAUUUUGUUGUUAUUGACAUGUGAUAUACUCAAUUUUUAUUAUCUAAUUAAUUGAUGUGGUAUAUUGUUUUUUAAGUUGCUCUUUCCUAUUUUUCUAUAUUUU